UCGAAUCUAAAUAUAUAGGUAAUAGCAUGAUGAAGACAAUGUUCAGUUUACUCUUAGUUUUUCUCAUACAAACUCAAUUGUGUUCAUGAAAAUGACUUGUUUUCUAGUUGUCAAUAAAGAUAUGCAACUAAAAGGAGAUUGAAUUAAUGUCUUGUACGUCUUGCUAUCUCCGCCUAUGCUUCUCAUAAUAUGCAAUAAAUACACUUUGUUUAUAACUGCAUGCUCUCUCCAUUUUCUCUCCAUCUUCCGAACAAGUAACUUAUACUAAUGGGUUUGUUCAAAAGUAAGGGUGUGGUUUACAGGCCCGUGAAAGAUGUCAAUUUAGGUGCUGAUAGCACUGAAUUCUAUCUCCAAGCCAAUGUCAAAGCUCCCCGUAUGACUGGAAUCUUGGUCAAGAUUUUCACUUGGUUCUUGGAGUCUCCAGUAUUUGGAGCCUUGCUAUUGUAUAUAUUGAAGGGAAACAAUCUUAUUCAUAAGCUUAUUACAAAUGCAGAGUUAGAAGAGUCACCCCUCUUUGUUCCCUCACAUAAUUUUGAAGCAGACCACAAAGAACAAGAAGUCAAAUGCUUAGAUUCUGCUUUAACUCCACAAGAGCAAGUUCAACUUGCAAUAGAAUGCUUACCUACAUCUUCAGAAAAAGCACAUAAUGAAACAGUGCCUUCGUUCUGUCGCUGGACCGUAAUGGACUAUUCUAGAGCCUACAACUCGGGAGAUAUAACACCACUCAUGGUUGCAGAACGAUUUAUAGCUGCUGUUCAAGAAUCUUCAAAACCUGCACUCCAAAUGGGAUUCUUUAUUAACUACAAUGCUGACGAUAUACUUAAACAAGCGAAUGAAUCAACUCUUCGGUAUCAGAAAGGGUCACCUAUCUCUGUGCUAGAUGGAGUUCCUGUUGCUAUCAAGGAUGAAAUAGAUUGUUCGCCAUAUCCAACUACAGGAGGUACAAAGUGGUUGCACAAAGAAAGACCUUGUAUAGAUGAUGCUUACUGUGUCAAAAGACUAAGAUUAUGUGGUGCCAUACUUGUUGGGAAGACUAAUAUGCAUGAACUUGGGGCUGGAACUAGUGGUAUCAAUCCACAUUAUGGGCCCGCUAGAAACCCGUAUGAUACCAAUAAGAUUGCAGGAGGUUCUUCUAGUGGAUCUGCUGCUGUGGUGUCUGCAGGGUUGUGCCCUGUUGCCCUUGGUGUUGACGGGGGAGGUUCUGUGAGGAUGCCUGCAUCUCUUUGUGGUGUAGUUGGUCUAAAACCAACUUUUGGUCGUGUACCUCAUGCUGGAGUCCUUCCUAUGAACUGGACAGUUGGAAUGAUUGGAAUACUAGCAGGAACUGUUGAGGAUGCAUUGAUCACUUAUGCAGCUAUUAGUGGAGAAAUUCCAUCCCAUCAGCCCUCUAGUAUAGUUACUAAGAUAAAUCUUCCACUGCUGCGCUUGACAAAGUCCAUAUGUGACAUCAAGUUGGCAAAAUAUGGGAAGUGGUUUGAUGAUUGCAGUGAUGAUGUCAGAUUAUGCUGCUCCCUUGCUUUGAGCAUGCUUCAGGAUCAUUACGGUUGGAAGACGAUAGAUGUGACUAUACCAGACAUAGAAGCAAUGCGACUGGCACAUUACAUAACAAUUGGAUCAGAGUGUUCCACUUGGGUUGAUUCUUUUGGAGACAAACAUUUUGCAGAAUCAGGAUGGGACGCAAGGGUAGCACUUAAUAUCUAUGGUGCUUUCAGUAGCAAGGAGUACAUUAAAGCUCAGAAAAUGAGGAACCGCCAGUUGCAGUUUCACAAGAAAAUAUUUGCUGAGGCAGAUGUCAUUGUGUCACCAACAACAGGUGUGACUGCAUACUCAAUUCAAGAUGAUGCACUAAAGACUGGUGAACUUGACUAUGUAAAUGGAGCUGCACUUGUUCGGUAUUCCAUAUCAGGAAACUUCCUUGGACUUCCUGCUGUGACUGUUGCGGUUGGAUACGAUAAAUUGGGUUUGCCUAUUGGGCUUCAGUUUAUAGGAAGACCUUGGGCCGAAGCAACACUGAUCCACUUGGCAUUUGCAAUGCAGGCCAUCUGCUUGUCAGAAUACAGAAAGCCAAAGAUUUAUUAUGAUCUGCUAAGAAAAGAUUGAAUGGAGUUAGGCAUCCUGUAGCAGUGGCAUGUCUUUUCCAGCAAAAGCAGAGAGCCAUGUUAUCUUUGAUUAAUAGUUUUAAUUAACACAGUUCAUCCACAUGAUGGAAAGUUUCGGUUUUUUGGCAUGUCAUCAAAAUCUUAGUCCCCUAGUAGGGGUGGCUAGAUAUAAAUCACUGGAUUAAUAAAAUCUAGACACAGAAUUAUUAUUUUUGUCCCAAUCCAACUGUGUCUAACCUAUUGACCAGUGCUGGGCCAGGUCAACCUAUUGAAAUUAAAUUUGAAGAAAAAAAAAUUUAUGUAUAAUUAUGGUUGAUGAGGAAGAAUAAUAAGAAUGAAGAUGAUAAGCUACAAUGUUUUAUGUAACAAGAUCCUAUGAUAAUGCGCAACAUCAUUUGCUUUUAUGUUC